CAGCCGGAAUUCCCAUUAUUAAAAUGGCUCAAGCCUACCCCGUGCUAUUACCCCAUAGAAAGUCCGUCCGCGUAUCCUCUUUUCCCCAAAGUUCCAAAUUCCCAACAUUCCCCUCUUCUUCCAGAGGCGGGGGUGGAUAAUUGUUCCUUUCCCUCAUUCUCUUUCAAUAUCUUUCGCCCCUUCCCCUUGGCUGGUGGAAGUGGAACGGAUGGGGAUCAGACUUCCAAACAUGAGUGGUUUUGCUCUAACCCACCGGAGGCUCCACUUGCUCGUCGUCUCGAAUGGUCCAUAUGAAGUAAUGAGAACUCCAUCACUGGAAGACAAAAGAAUACUCCCGGACCAUGCGCCAUCCCCAGCGGCUCCCAUUCGCUGUCGGCUGCUUCGUUCGGUUGCCGUGAUUCCUUGAUGCAAUGACGUACAACCCGCCAUUCGCUGCCUGGAUGUAAUCCAGACAUGCCAGGAUGAGGCACGCACAAGCGGUGUCGCGCAUUCUGCAUCUUGUGACUCCCGAGUAUUUUCACCGUCUUUGCUACUUGAUUGCUCGAGCUCGGCUGCUGGUCGCUGAUAGACACGGCUGCUGCUGGGAGGAACUUUAUCCCGGCGACAUAUCAUCAGCAAGUCCGAUCCCAACAGGUCACAUACCAAGGCCAACUCUGUCACCUGCAUUUCAGAGUUUCGAAUGGUUGGAUACAUUAGGGAGCAGUAUAAUGGCUGAUGAGCUGCAGACAUCUAUCAUUUACACUCUGCAGCAUCUGCAUGCAAACCACGUUGAUCAGCUUCCGCUUGGUCCUCCGAUAAGAUCCUACUGGACGGGAUACAGUUCACCUAUCUAUAUUGCGUCGGGUGAACCCAUCCAUAAUGCACUCAGCGUGCUGCAUGGCUCUCUCAUAAUGCAAGGCACACAGAAACAAACACAUGAGCGUCCUUAUCAUGCAUCCGAGGGUCCCACUGAUCUGGCCAUCAUUAGCAGGCCCAGAUAUAGAACGUUGAAAUAA